UCAAAGAAGGACCCACUCCAGUCGAAGCUAUACGCGUGUGCGCAUUAGCUGGAAGUUCGCUGCUUUUGGCCCAGACUAACAAAUAAAUGUAUUUAGCUUGUUUCAUUCCGUCUCGCAGCAUUUAUAAACUUCUGGGUCCUUGUUUUAUUUAUUCGCAGACGAAACAAAGGCACUUGGCGAUGGAGGCGGCGGGUAAGAACGUAGAAGUUCGGUCGGACGCAAACUCUGAACCAGCGGUGGGAGAAGCCGCGGCGACAGAAAAUGGAAAACGUAAAAGCGAGGAGCUGGAUCAACAGGAGGCGAGUGGCAGGGGGAAGAGGCGGAGGGAAGCAGGGGGGAGGAAGCUCCGUCCGAAAGAGAGGUACAUCCCACCGCCGCAGAAACGCAACCCAGGCGUCAGCUUCAGGCAGGAGCACUUCGACGAGGCGUCCUAUUACUUCGAAAACGGGCUGCGGAAGGUGUAUCCUUAUUAUUUUGACUUCAAGACUUACUGCAAAGGUCGGUGGAUUGGAAAGAGCCUCCAGGAGGUGUUCACGAACGAGUUCAGAGCCGAGUCUAUGGAGUAUUACGAGAAGGCGGUCGAGAAGGGUCGUAUCCGGCUCAAUGGGAACCCUGUGAAGAACCUGUCCAUGGUGCUCAGGAAUAAUGACCUCAUAGGCAACACCGUGCACCGCCACGAGCCACCUGUAGUCGGCAGGCCCCUGGAGAUUCUGGUGGACGACGGGGAAGUUCUUGUAGUUGACAAGCCUGCCUCCAUCCCUGUCCACCCCUGUGGUCGUUUCCGCCACAACUCUGUGAUUUUCAUUCUGGGUAAAGAGCACGGCAUCUCUGCGCUCCACACUAUCCACAGGCUGGACAGGCUUACGUCCGGAGUCCUGCUGUUCGCUCGGACACUCGAGACGUCAAAGAAGCUGGACCAGAUGGUGAGAGACAGACAGCUUGAAAAGGAGUAUGUGUGUCGGGUAGAGGGGGAGUUUCCUGAGGCCGAGCUAAUCUGUGAGGAGCCCAUCCUGGUGGUUGCCUUCAAAGUCGGCCUCUGUAGAGUCGACCCAAAGGGGAAGGAGUCCCGAACUGUUUUCCAGAGGCUCAGCUUUAAUGGAAAAACAAGCGUGGUCCGCUGUUUACCCCUCACUGGACGCACUCACCAGAUCCGGGUCCACCUUCAGUACUUGGGUUUUCCCAUCCUCAACGAUCCCAUCUAUGGGUCCUUAGUGUGGGGUCCUCACAGGGGCAAAGGGGGAAUGAUUGAAAAGAGCAACGAGGAGCUGCUCCAGGCUUUAGUAGAGGAACAUCGCUCGCAGGAAAAUUUACACCUGCUCGAUCUGAUAGAUGACUGCACUGGGGUCACAAAGGAUUCAGAGAAGUCAUGUGAGCAAGUGGACAAUUUACGUAGUUUCUCUGAACCUGCCGAGAGUGGAGGAAGUGAAGUACCAGCAGAGCAACGUGUUGGUGACAACCAGCUCAAAAGCACUGAAAGUGUGAAUCUUAAUGAAUCUCCAACUUUAACAAAAUCAAAUGAUGAUGUGACCACAGCAGACCGCUCUGCACAGAAAAAUCCCUCCGUGACCCGAGACCACCUGUGCAGUGAAUGUAAACUGAUGCGAGCGGACCCCACUAGUAAUGAACUCAUCAUGUAUCUCCAUGCUUUACGCUACAAAGGACCCGACUUUGAAUAUUCAACACGAUUCCCCGACUGGGCCAAAGAGGACUGGGUGGAAACGGAGUAAAACAGUUCUAACGGACACGAUAGAAAUCGUUUUAUUUUAAGGCUCCUUGAUUCGUUUCGUCACUUCUCAGCAGAUCUUUAGUAACUUGGAAGUUUUGUUUGGCUGCUUUAAUUUAAAAUCCAUUUUCCUGUGAGGACUUAUUAAACAACAUAGCGGAAGGCUGUAAUUUGCUGGAACAAAACAAUAAAUCACUGGUGUGCAGGAAAA